UCGGGGCACGGUUUGGCGCUACCUGGAAUAGCCUGCCUGCUGCAGGAUCCUGGUCUCAAGCUGGACAACAUGGGGGCCUCGAUUAGAGGCUAUAGCCUUCUACAAAUGGGACGGCCUAUCUCUCAGAUGCUGAUCCUCCGACAGGCCCAUGCUAUUAGUGUCAUUCGUUGAUGGCUGUCAAGUCGUACAUUCUUUACGCACAAGCACUUAUACACGCACUAAGCUUAGUCUUCAGGGUCGUCCUCAAGAUGAUGCUGCGUGGCUACGUGCUCAUUUUCUUUGCGUCCCUCUUUCUCCUCCAUGUUUUCGCUGUUGAUCUAGUUCCUAUACAGGACCCCAUUAAACCCGACGAAAUCUUGAAGUCCGUCAAGAGGGAUCCAAGUCUGCCAAGCUUCACCGGAAACCUCGACCUUCAAGAUGUCGAAACCUUCUUUUGGGGUGCUCCAGCGGGAGAUAAGCUGGUCUACGCCAACCUCACAGUAUACUUUCCCGAGACGUACGAAUAUGUCAUUGCCCUGGAACGUUUUGCAGACACGUUGAAGUCGGUUGCCUGUUCCGAGAAUAUGAUGCUUGAAUUCAUCGACAAGGCAGCUUUCGACUACGCGAAAAGUGUAUGGCAAUGGGUCAGCGAUGAUGUUAACAACAGCUUCGUACUCGUCUCUAACCACGAGAAAUGUGCCGAUGACAUGGAGCGUCAGCCUUUUAUUGUAUCCGAUAUUCGAUAUGAUGACGAACACAACAAGGCAUACCUCACUGCCGAUCUAAAAGAGUGGGAUGAAGUCAUGCAUUCUUACACGCUUCAUGUCGGCAAUAUGCCAUUAACACCCGUCCACCGAAUGCUAAUGGAGCGAGGAAUCAUGAAAAGGGACGCCGACUUUACCAUGGACCUCACGAGUGGCUACGAUCAACGCCUUUUCUCAGCAAGCGGAGGAGGCUGGACUGCCAGUGUGGACGCGGUAAUCCGAACUGUUGGCAGUCUGAACGUGGACAUUGACCUGGAUGUCGAAUGGUUCAGCAUAAAAUCUGCUUCGAUGAGUAUCAACCCAGAUGGUCUUGCCGCAUCUCUACAGCUCGCUCUAAGCGCGGAGGGAACGCUUAGAGAAGCCUACCCAUGGAAAAAGACCGUUCUUUCUCUCCCUGUACAGGGACUCAACCUCAAGAAUAUCAUCAAGCUGGGAGCGUUCUUGGACAUCGAUGUUGGCUUCACAAUGGAAGAGUGGGCAGGAGAAGCUAGAGCCAACUUUGGAGCUAGGAUGGAGAUAUCCAAUGCCGCAAUUGCCAAAGUGGAUUUGGUCGACUCUAAGAAUAAUGCAUUUUCGGGUUGGGCACCAAGCUUCAGCCAGAUCCCUCUCAAUCUAAAUGCGAAGAUUGAAGGCUCUGCGCGAGCGUAUGCUGAGCCGAAUAUCAAGUUGGAGGCUUCAGCUCUGCGCUGGGGCUGGAAUGUGGCCUUGGGUAUGCAGAUGCCUUACUUAUCGGCCGACUUUGCUGCUAUGUAUGACACUACUGGCGUUUGCGACUCCAAGAAAACGCUCGGAGUCGAUGUAGGUGCGAAAGUUGGUAUCGAGGUUCAUGCCCAAGCGGCCACGAAGGGGAACGAAGCGAGCCCUUUUUGGGAGCAGGAAAUCUUUGCCAAGGAAUGGAAUCUCCUCUCGACUUGCCUGCCCUUCGGAGCGAAUAAUGCGAAGACUGGGGAGGCCGCCGACCCGAACCCAGCCCCCAAAACUAGGAAAUCAAAGACAAAAUCUAAAUCGAAAGCUAGCAAAUCUUCGAAGGCCUCAAAAACACCUGCCCCAACCAACGAGACAAAGACGACCAAGACGGCUAAAUCGAGCACCGUGAGACCGACUCCUAGACCUACUCCUGCAGCAUCUUCGGCACGCGCAACAAAAGACUUGUCAAAGUCCAGGGAGCUGGAGCCAACAAAGACGAGUUCGAAGUUGGCAACUACCGCCAAGUCUACUACUAGUAGAACCACUAGAGUGAGCGAUACGGAUGGUUCGAGGAGUAGGAAGCCGGCAAACAGUGGUGGCGAAGAUCCGAGUAGUACUACCAGUGUCAACAUCAGCAAAACUUCAGACGCUGCCACCUCUAGCACCUUCAGUACUCUAAGGAGGAACUCCACUGGCACCAAGGACGAUACCCAGACGACGUCCGACAGCGACAUCGUCCCCUCGUCUGCCACCCUCUCUACUAGCCGUCGAUUCAACGUGACGGCUGCUCCAUCAAGCCAACGAUCUGCCACAGCCACAUCAUCUGCGCUGUCGUCAACCUCGUCAGCAGAUUCAUGUCCCGCAUCCGUUCUUGGAUGCGCCCACUGCAAAGACAGUUUAGACAUGGACGACCGUCCAACACGCGAAUACUUCGCCGUUGAGGUGGAAGGCGGCUCCGAUUUUGAGUCCAACUCGACGGAGCUUCGGAAACGAGAAACGCGCGAAUACACCUACACGUGCUCCCACAUAACUGAGACUGUAACCAUGGCACCGUAUCCGGCAUUCAGGAAUUGGAAGACACAGAGAAGUAAGAAGAUCACGGAGUUCUAUCUGGCGUCUGAUACCGGCGACUGUCUGAACCAUGGGAUUUCGAAGACGAGUUCGCCUGCUAGUCCUGUGCCGACGGGCGAUUACGCCAUGGAGCAUGUAAGCAAAAAUACCGUUUUUCCAAAGUCUCACCUUCUUGGCACUAUAUCGUUUCAUUCACCCCGUCACUACCCAAUAUCUCCCUCCAAACCCCUUUGUACCUGCACCCCUACUAACACCCAUCCCAGAUCUACGAGGGCAACUGGAUCCUCCAAUUCCUCUCCUCGCUCGAGACCUCCUCCCCCAAUCCCCUCCCCUGCUCCUCUCUCUCCGCAAUCUUCUUCUCCCCCGCCCCAACCAUUACUCCCCCUCCCCGCCGGGGCAGUUCCCCCACCCCCUGGAUCAACCCCCUCAUGUCCGCCCUCGGCUCCACACGCAACCACCAGCUCCUCGUCUUCCUCGUGCAAAACCUCAACGGCGCCAAAUUCCGCAUCUUCGACGCGGCCAACAACAACAACAUCAUCGCCAACGACGUAUGGAGUUCGGCGAGCCCGAACGAGAAGAUGGAAAGAUUGGCGGUCGUAGGCAGAGCGAUGGAUUAUUUGCAUCGCGACGAGAUUGGGAAACGGAUGAGGGAGACGGCGGAGAGUGUGGAGCGCGUUUUGGAGGAUUUGGCGACCAAGGCGCGGGAGCCGGGGCAUGAGGUGUUGUUGGCUGCGCUGGGGCCCGUGUGGAGUCGGCCUGGUGCGCUGAGGGAUGGACAUAGAGACUGGUUGAGGGGGUUUCUCGAGGGGAGGAAUCGGGUUG